CAUCGACCCUUGGGCCGUUUGGGCCGACUUCAGAUUUUCCAGAGCGACUCUACUCCUUUCCAGGAUGUGCGAAAAAUAAUUUUUGUUCAGGUCGAUUAAGCUGUUCUUUAAGUGUUUGAGCUUUGUGACCAGACGGAAUUGAGCUGAUCCGUUCACAGGCAAAUUCCAGGCAGCAGCUACUGUGUCAUGAACCUCGGAUGGGCGAUCCACAUGUUAAAAAAUCUGAACGAACUUUCUUUACUAUCAACAUUCCUACACAAAGUGGCUAUUGCUGGAGAGUGGUCCGAAAAACCUGACGGUAGAAAUGAUACGCUGCUUGUGAAGCUUGCUGCAAACCAGUGGUGGUUUGCCAUAACACGAUCCGAUUUCACCCAGCAUCGCUGAUUGGUCCAGGUGAAAUUAUAGCCCGAGAAUAAAUGGUCCGUUAAACCCAAAGUCGUCACAAAAUGCAUGAAAUCCUGGAACUGAUAUGGAGUUACAGGUCGUCCAUUAUACCUAUCCGCAGGAGACAACACAGAGUUAAAGUCUCCCAGGACUAACCAAGGCUCGACCAGAUCACUGCCAAGUUGGAUGAGGCUGUCCCAAAGUCUUCGUUUAACAAGAGAGUUAUACCCAUAAACAAAGAAAAUCAACACCGAGGUGGAAGAGAUUUUACAAGUAGCUCUUAUCGUGACACAUUGGUCUUCAAUAUGAAGAGGUUCAACAAGAACCAUUUGAGGGUUCCAAAUAAUUCCGAUACGCCCACCUUUAUAAGCAUCAAAGUUUUCCAGCGAGGGUAAUGAUGUAGGAGGGGGUAAUGUAGAGAGAGAAGAUAUAUCACUCUAAUGAAAAGACACAAGAACAACAAAUGGCAAAGGAUAAGGUUAGAGAUGCAGUGUGGGAGAAUUGGGAAUGUGUAACGGUCUUUGGUAACUAUAGGGAUAAUAUGAGGGAUAUUGAUAAUGAGGUGGCUGAGGGAGUCUUGGAGGCCGAUGAAGGUUGUGGUGUUGAUCAUUGUGGAGCUGUUGGACUUACAGAGGGUGUUACGGUUUCCGAAGGUGAUGUAGUUGGUUCAGAAAGAGAAGAGGACUUGGAUGAGGGUGUGGCUGCUGGAUUGAGUGGUGGGGGUGCCACUGAUGCUGAAAGUGAAAAUGCAAAUACUGAAUGGGAUGGUACUGACUCGGAUGACCCAUCUUGGAUGUAUGAUGGCUUUGACGGUCCUUUGGAAGAUGAUAUUUUUGUUGAAAAACCAGACAAUGAGUGGGAAAGAAUGAAAGAGUUAAUGAAGGAAUUGCGAUUAUUAAGAAAUGAGAAAAAAAAAUAAUGCAAAAAGAAAAGAUCACCAGGAGUCUGUGAAUGAUAACAUAUUAGGAAUAAAGGAUAAGGAAGCUGAAUGAUACAGUGAUGUGGAUUCAGAAAGACAGGGGGAUUUGGAUGCACCUAUGGUGUCUGAUGAAGAAACCGAGGGGCCUCGUUAUACCGAAUGGGAUGAAAACAUGGAUAUGGGUACAAAUGAUCUCGACGUAGGGAUGAAAUUUUCAAAUAGAGAGAAAUUCAAUGAAGAUUUAAAGGAGUGGGUUGUUAGAAAAGGGUGGGACUUGAAGUACCCUAAGAAGGAAAAGCAUGUCGUGGCUGCUACUUGCAAAAAAGGUUGCGGAUGGUUUAUUCGGGCUUCUUCAAUCAUGAGAGAGACCACAUUUCAGAUAAAAAUACUAAAGGGCAGACACACAUGUGCACAUAUGACGACAAACUCACAAGCUGACUUUCGGUGGAGCGUCAAAAUAGCAUACCCGAUGAUCCCCAAACCGCCCGUACCGAAGUUGUGGCUGAUGUAUGUACUAAUGUUGAGCCAAGUGUUGUGCAGGCGAAGCUAUCAAAACAGCCACGAAAGUUUAACACCCUGAAAGCAACUUCUCAAAGGCGAAGAAAGGGUACCCAACCACAAAGUUCCCAAGCUCCAACAGGUUUGCCAUGUCUACGGGCUUCUAAUCAACGUCCCGGAUCAUCUCUUGCAUUAAGGUUACGAGCCUUGCAAUUCUCUUACAAGCCGAGACAACCUGGUGCAGUAGGAUCUCAAAAGAAAUAAUAUGUGUAGAUUUGCUUGAUUGCUCAUUGUGUUUUGUUUUGUUGUAUUUAUCCUUUUGUCGGAUUGAUCAUGUCAUUAGAAAUUGAUGGGUUGCUGCUAUAUUGCCAUGGGUUAUCAUUUUGUAUGUAGUAUGCAUCAUUUUGCUAGGGUGCUUUUGGUAGCAUUAUGUUGUUUUGAAAGCAAACAUGAUGCUAAGGGUUGAAUUGUUGAUGUGAUAAAACUUAACGAACAUCAGCUAUACCAAA